ACUUGGGAAAAUAGGAUCUGUGUUAUAAUAGAAUUGUGUGUGCUUUUUGCAAACAUGCAUGCUUAUAAGUAAUGCAGAUUAGCAAGCCGAUAUCAUUCCCAUAGCAGUUGGGAGUUUUUAGCUACUGCUUUUCUUAGAUAAGUCUAUUUCAUUUGAACUCAAUGAAGUAGGUAGUGGAUAGAACUAAUACCAUGUAUGAAGCUUAGUAGAAAAUUUCACACAAACAAGCAAGGACUCAGGACUUGGCUGUCCUUCUCUAGUCCAAAUUAAUUCAAUUAAACUGAUAUCCUAGUUCUUCCAUUCAAUAUCAUGUUAGGGAUUACCCUAAUUAGUAUGUAAGUGUCCCUUCUUCGACAAAAGUAUAACUUUUCAUAGUUAACAACCAAAAAGUCAUUAAGCUUGAGGGAACCCCUUAAAGAUAGGCUAAGGUACACAUAACAUCUCUCAAAUUUCACUGGUACUAGGCUACUGGUUUGAUUACUACUGAUACCCUUUUUGUCUCUCACCCUCUCAGUUCCAAGUAGAUUGUUUAGUAAACCAGAUGAUGUUCAGUGAUUUAGAGGCAUUGAUAAUACCAAAAGUGAAUAAAUAAAAGAAUCAAAUCUAAGCCCACAAGAAUUAAACAAAAUUGAAACAAAAUAGACUCGUUUCCAUAUAAAGUAAUAAAACUGAUAAACUACUGAGUGUUUUAAACUAGAAAGUGGCCGUAAAAAAUGACAUACUAAUCCACCCUCCCCUUAGUGAUACAACGAGGGAUGCCUCCAUAUACAAGUUCACCAUAUCAAAAGGCAUUAUUGAUAUCAAUAUGAUAGAGGGGCCAAUGACACAUGGCAGCUGUAGAGAGAAGACAAACAGAAGCAAUCUUUGCAAUAGGAACAAGUUGUCAGUGUAAUCCAAACUACAAAUUUGAGCAUCAUUCUUGUAUACCAAGUUGGGGAAAAUUUUCCAUGGUUGAAGCAGAACGAAGGCUGUUGGCGAAUGCACUCUUAGAUCCCGACAACCAACAUUUUGUCUUGCUAUCUGAUAGUUGUAUACCCGUGCGCAAGUUUGACUUCAUGUACAACUACUUGUUAUUAACAAAUGUCAGCUUUGUUGACUGCUAUGUGGAUGCUGGUCCUCAUGGAAAUGGCAGGUAUAUAGAGCGUAUGUUGCCAGAAGUUGAAAUGAAAGAUUUCCGGAAGGGUUCACAGUGGUUCUCAAUGAAGCGGCAACAUGCUAUAAUAGUUAUGGCAGACAGUCUCUACUUUACAAAAUUCAAGCAUCAUUGCAGGCCAAACAUGGAGGGAGGAAAGAACUGCUACGCCGAUGAACACUACUUGCCAACCUUUUUUAGUAUGCGUGAUCCGGGUGGAAUUGCAAAUUGGUCAGUGACCUAUGUUGAUUGGUCUGAAAGAAAAUGGCAUCCAAGGUCAUUCAAGGCUCGGGAUAUUAGUCAUCAACUCAUUAGAAAAAUAGCAUCCAUUGACCAGAGUCCGCAUUAUACAAGCGAUAUAAAGAGAUCAGUGGUGAUCACACCUUGCAUAUUGAACAAUUUGAAACGACCGUGUUAUUUAUUUGCCCGGAAAUUUUUCCCAGAAACUCAGGAUAAGUUGAUACAGAUUUUCUCCAACUCUACAUUAUUCUGAAUGAUUUGUGCAUCAUCAUCAUUCUUUGGUGAAUCAACACCAUUCGAUCCCCCAGCCUCAAGCUCUUCCUCUUCAUCAUUUGGUUUCGAGAAGCGCCCACGCCCUAAGGUGAAUGGUUAAAAUUCUUAGGAAGACACACGAGCUGAUUCAAUGCAAAAUCUUUGCUUUGCUGGGAUUUGUCAAAACCGCUGAGCUGUUCUUGUAUGAUUUGUUAUUCCUGUUGUACUCUAUUUUGAUUUUCUUUCUUAAUUAUUGGGAACAUUAUAGAUUUCCCUGAAAGGAUAAAUUUUUUGUAUCAUUGAUAGAGACUUAGAGAGGGAGGGAUAAUGAUUUUGGGGUUGUUUUUGACUCUGGACGCUAACGUAUUGCAUAUUUCUGUUAUUACAUUGGAAUUCAAGCCUUCAGCAUUGAAAAUUACUUGGUGAAUGGUA